AUGAUGAUGAUUAUUUUUUUAAAUCAUCAUCCAACAAAUAUAAUUGUUAAUUGGUAUAAAGAUCAACAAUUAAUUAUUGAUUCACAAACAAAAAAUUAUAAUCAAUCAAAAUUUCAUUUAGAUUAUAAUCAAAAAAAUUCACAAUAUAUAUUGACAAUAUUAAAAGCAAAUCCGGAAGAUGUUGGUAAUUAUGAAUGUCGUCAAAUAUCCAUUGAUAAUCAUACAACACAAAUAUUGCAUUUACAUCGUUUUGCUGUAAGAGCUAAACCUAGAAUACGAUCCGAAUUUGGUCGAAAUAUUAUAUCAGAAAAAAUUUGGGCAAAUGAUGAAUGGACAAUAAAAUGUUCAUUUCUAUCAAAAUAUCAUCAACUUAAUUCUACAUUGGAAAUUGUUCGUUUUGAAAAUAAUAAUAAUAAUAAUGAUUAUAUUCGUGAUCAUAUUUCACAUAUUAAUCCUGAUAUGCAAAUGAAAAAUUUUACUAAAAAUUGGUUAGAACAAAAUUCGCAUCGUAUUCGUAUUCGAAUGUAUAAUGAUAUUAGCGAACAAUUUAAUAAUCAAAGUGUAAUUGAAAUGACUAUAACAAAAGUUGAUUUUAAAGAUCGUGGUUAUAUUGCUUGUUAUGGUAUUAAUCCAAUUGCUAAUGAUCAUUUAUUAAUAUUUUUAAGAGUUAAAGAUAGAAUACAAAUUUUAUGGCCUAUUAUUGUUAUUGUUACAUUUUCAUUAUAUCUAUUUGCUAUAAUCACAAUAUAUGAAUAUCGUCGUAUUAGUCCAUUUAAUCUAUUACAAUUAGAUUGGGACAGUACAUAA